AUGAAGGGAGGCUGCAUUACCCCGGGGACGAUCGCUGGGCUCUUUUGCCUGGGUCUCCUUCUUUUGGCAUCCGCUGAAAUAGCCGUCUACACGAAUCAUUUUUUGGUGGAGUUGCACCGAGGGGGCGAGCCAGAAGCGAAGCAACUCGCUGCCGAAUAUGGCUUUAGUGGGGUCCGAAAGCUUCCCUUUAUAGAUGCUGGGUACCAUUUUUAUCAUAAUGGCAUCUCCAGGGCCAGGAGAAGACGCAGUCUUCAGCACAAGCUUCAUUUGGAAAAAGACCCGAGGAUAAAGAAGGCUGUGCAGCAGGAAGGCUUUGGCAGAAAAAAGCGAGGCUAUAGAGAGAUCAAUGAAAUUGACAUAAACAUGAAUGAUCCUUUAUUUACAAAGCAGUGGUACCUGAUCAACACUGGUCAAGCAGAUGGGACCCCUGGACUUGAUCUAAAUGUGGCUGAAGCCUGGGAGCUGGGAUAUACAGGGAAAGGUGUUACCAUAGGAAUUAUGGAUGAUGGAAUUGAUUAUCUUCAUCCUGAUCUUGCCUCAAAUUAUAAUGCCAAAGCCAGCUAUGACUUCAGCAGUAACGAUCCCUACCCAUAUCCCCGCUACACAGAUGACUGGUUUAACAGUCAUGGAACCAGGUGUGCAGGGGAAGUGUCGGCUGCAGCAAACAACAACAUCUGUGGAGUUGGCGUGGCAUACAACUCAAAGGUGGCAGGUAUCCGAAUGCUGGACCAGCCUUUUAUGACAGACAUUAUUGAGGCUUCCUCUAUCAGUCACAUGCCUCAAGUCAUAGAUAUAUAUAGUGCCAGCUGGGGGCCAACUGAUAACGGAAAGACUGUGGAUGGACCUAGAGAACUAACUUUGCAAGCCAUGGCAGAUGGUGUGAACAAGGGCCGUGGCGGCAAGGGCAGCAUCUACGUCUGGGCCUCUGGAGAUGGAGGCAGCUAUGAUGAUUGUAACUGUGACGGCUAUGCAUCAAGCAUGUGGACUAUCUCCAUCAAUUCUGCUAUUAAUGAUGGCCGGACAGCUCUGUACGAUGAAAGCUGCUCUUCGACCUUGGCCUCCACGUUCAGCAAUGGGAGGAAGAGAAAUCCCGAAGCUGGUGUGGCUACUACGGAUUUAUAUGGCAACUGUACCCUACGUCAUUCUGGAACAUCUGCAGCUGCACCUGAGGCAGCUGGCGUGUUUGCAUUGGCACUGGAGGCUAACCUGGAUCUGACGUGGAGAGACAUGCAGCAUCUGACAGUGCUCACCUCCAAAAGGAACCAACUUCAUGACGAAGUCCAUCAAUGGCGUAGAAAUGGUGUUGGUCUGGAAUUUAACCAUUUGUUUGGCUAUGGAGUCCUCGAUGCUGGGGCAAUGGUUAAAAUGGCAAAAGACUGGAAGACUGUUCCAGAGAGAUUCCACUGUGUUGGAGGAUCAAUACAAGAACCUGAAAAAAUACCAUCAAGUGGCAAGUUGGUUCUAACACUUACAACUGAUGCUUGUGAGGGGAAAGAAAACUUUGUCCGCUACCUAGAACACGUGCAAGCAGUUAUAACCGUGAACUCUACUAGGCGAGGGGACCUCAACAUCAACAUGACAUCACCUAUGGGGACUAAAUCCAUUUUACUGAGCCGACGUCCAAGAGAUGAUGACUCCAAGGUGGGUUUUGACAAAUGGCCUUUCAUGACAACACACACUUGGGGAGAAGACCCCAGAGGCACUUGGGUUCUGGAAGUUGGAUUUGUUGAUAGCAUGCCACAGAGGGGAGUACUGAAGGAAUGGACAUUGAUGCUACAUGGGACACAAAGCGCACCAUAUAUAGACCAAAUAGUAAGAGAUUACCAAUCCAAACUGGCUAUGUCCAAGAAGGAAGAGCUGGAAGAAGAAUUAGACGAAGCGGUAGAGAGAAGUCUGAAGAGUAUACUGAGCAAGAACUAG